AGGCAGAUGCACUCCCAGGCCCCCCGCUGCUUCCCGGUGGAGCUGGGCUCUUUGAGGGACCCGGAUGCUCAGGUGGGCCGGCUGCAUCGCCUCGCUAUGGCGGGAGGCCCGUCCUGGGGCCUGGCCAGGCUGCUGCGCAGAGUUGUCCAGGUGGAUCGUGAGAACUCUGCAGGGCAGACGGCGCUUUUCCUGUCUGCGCUGCUGGGCCAUACCUCUGCUGUGCGCCUCCUGCUGACCUCUGGUGCCAACCCCAACCACCGCUGCCUCGAUGGCAGCACACCUAUGCACGCAGGUGCCUCCUCAGGCCGAGGGAUGGUGUUGUGGCACCUGCUGCAGGCAGGAGGCGACCUGCGUCUGCAUGACCACCAGGGUCGCACACCAGGAGACUGGGCUGAGCAGGGUGAUGCCAAGCAGACCUGGGAGGUGAGUAGUGUGCAGGCCACAGUGGAGGCGUCAAGGCCAGCACGUGCUCCCCGUGUGACCCUGUGCCCCACUCAGGUGCUGGAGCUGCUGCAGUGGUGUCGCUCCCACAUGUCAGCACUGGUGCAGUGUGGGGAGUUGGCCCCCACCGUGUCCCUGAGUCGGUUGCAAGCCAGCUCUGGACACAGCUUGUGUGGCUCGCUGCCCUCGACAAGGCUGGCACAGGCAGACAGGUAA